CUCCUCGCGCUCCCACCGCGGGAGCGCCGCUCAGCUGACCUACGGGCGCCAGACGCCGGGCUCCCGGCGGGCCAGCGCGGCUGCAGCGGAGCGAGCCUCUCCCGCGGACACUCCCCCUGCGCGCCCCUCCCCCACCCGGACCGGCAGCGGCUCCGGCAGCGGCAUCGGGACUGACCCGGCGCUGCUCCGGCGCCCCGAGAGGAGCGAGGCUGCGGUGACGAGCGGCGGCUGCGCGGUCAUGGGCGCGCCGGUCUCGCCCUAGGACAGGCGCGCGGAGACCGCAGCGGAGCGGCAGCGAGCCUACGAGCGGCGGCGGCGGGCGCAGCGGGGCCGGGAUGAGCGGGAGCGGCGCAGCGCCCGGCCCGGGCUCCUCCCCGGCUGCCUGCCGCUUCGCGCACUACUUCGUGCUGUGCGGGAUCGACGCGGACAGCGGGCUGGAGCCCGACGAGCUGGCGGUUUUGUACCAAUGGCUAGAAGCAGAUCGUCAUGGCAGGAGCCAAGAUGCUGCAAAUACGACCUCAGGUGAAAAUUUUGACCAGAGUCCUUUGAGAAGAACAUUCAAAUCCAAGGUUCUGGCCCACUAUCCUCAGAAUAUAGAGUGGAACCCUUUUGAUCAAGAUGCAGUGAAUAUGUUGUGCAUGCCGAAAGGGCUGUCUUUCAGAACACAGACUGACAACAGAGACCCUCAGUUCCACUCGUUUAUAAUCACGCGGGAAGAUGGUUCUCGCACCUACGGUUUUGUUCUCACUUUUUAUGAAGAAGUUACAAGUAAGCAGAUCUGCACAGCUAUGCAGACGCUCUACCAGAUGCACAACGCCGAGCAUUACAGCAGCGUCUACGCCUCCUCCUCCUGCAGCAUGGACUCGCUGGCCAGCAGCAUUGACGAGGGGGACACAACUUCUCUUUUGAAACUCCAGCGAUACAACUCCUAUGACAUCAGCAGAGACACCCUGUAUGUUUCCAAAAGCAUAUGUUUGAUCACACCACUGCCUUUCAUGCAGGCCUGCAAGAACUUCCUCCUCCAGCUCUACAGAGCAGUUACCUCGCAGCAGCCACCACCCUUGCCGCUGGAGAGCUACAUCCAUAAUAUUCUCUAUGAGGUACCCCUCCCACCGCCAGGGAGAUCGCUGAAAUUUUAUGGUGUUUAUGAACCUGUCAUAUGCCAGAGGCCUGGGCCCAAUGAACUCCCCCUCUCCGAUUACCCUCUGCGAGAGGCCUUCGAGCUCCUGGGGUUGGAGAACCUGGUGCAGCUGUUCACCUGCGUCCUUCUAGAGAUGCAGAUCCUUCUCUACUCACAAGAUUACCAACGCCUGAUGACGGUGGCGGAAGGCAUCACCACACUCUUGUUCCCAUUUCAGUGGCAGCAUGUGUAUGUGCCCAUCCUCCCUGCUUCUCUGCUACAUUUUCUUGAUGCUCCUGUCCCUUAUCUGAUGGGUCUUCAGUCAAAAGAAGGAACUGACCGUUCUAAAUUAGAACUUCCUCAAGAGGCUAACUUGUGUUUUGUGGAUAUUGACAACCAUUUUAUCGAGUUGCCUGAAGAAUUUCCACAGUUCCCCAAUAAAGUGGAUUUUAUCCAGGAACUCUCAGAAGUUCUUCUUCAGUUUGGGAUCCCUCCUGAGGGCAGCCUGCCCUGCAGUGAGAGUGCCACCAAAUUGAAGAAUCUGGUUCUGAAAGACUUGGUCAAUGACAAAAAGAAUGGCAACAUCUCCACGAAUAGCAUCAGCAUGUAUGAGUUCCUGAAGGGCAACGAAACCAUAGCCCGGCUCCAGGCUCUGGCCACGCGGACCGGUGUGACCGUGGAAAAAAUGGACCUCUCUGCCUCUCUGGGUGAAAAAGAAAAAGAUUCGAAGCUGCAGUGUGAAGAGGCAGAGCUAAGGGACUACCAGCUCAACGUACAGCUCCGAGAGGUGUUUGCUAACCGCUUUACCCAGAUGUUUGCCGACUACGAGUCGUUUGUGAUUCAGAGUGCCCAGGACAUGGAAUCCUGGCUCACCAACCGGGAACAGAUGCAGAACUUUGACAAAGCUUCCUUUCUGUGUGACCAGCCUGAGCCACACCUGCCAUUUCUUUCACGCUUCAUUGAAACACAGAUGUUUGCCACCUUUAUUGAUAACAAAAUUAUGUCUCAGUGGGAGGAGAAAGAUCCUUUGCUUAGGGUCUUUGACUCUCGGAUUGAGAAGAUAGGACUGUAUAAUGUAAGGGCACCCACCUUGAGGACAUCCAUAUAUCAGAAAUGCAGCACUUUAAAAGAAGCAGGUGAAUUAUUUAGGCAGAGGUUUUCCGCUGUUGACAUUGUGGCACCAGAACCUCAUGAUUUCUGUGCAGAAAGGCAACAAGUUGAUCCCCAGUCAGUUGAGCAGCGGCUGAUGAAAAUGGAUCACACUGCAAUCCAUCCACAUCUACUUGAUAUGAAAAUUGGUCAAGGCAAAUAUGAGCAAGGGUUCUUUCCAAAGUUACAGUCCGAUGUCUUGGCAACAGGGCCAACUAAUAACAAUCGCUGGGUAAGUCGGAGCGCCACCACGCAGCGCAGGAAAGACCGCCUCCGCCAGCAUUCCGAGCACAUGGGCCUGGACAACGACUUGAAGGAGCCUUCCGGGGAACUUUUGGUCUGUCAGAACUCCAUGGCAUUCUGGGAGUGGGAUCAGGGCCCACCUCCUCCUGCACGACUUCCCAAAAAAUCCUUCUCUGAGUGCUGCCUGAAAUAUAUGCAAGAGGCACGAAGUUUAGGAAAAAACCUGAGGCAACCCAAAUUGUCAGACCUCUCUCCUGCCGUGAUUGCACAGACCAACUGGAAAUUUGUGGAAGGCUUAUUAAAGGAAUGUAGAAUGAAGACCAAACGCAUGCUGGUGGAGAAGAUGGGCCACGAAGCAGUGGAGCUGGGCCACGGAGAAGCGAACAUCACCGGCUUGGAGGAGAACACCUUGAUCGCCAGCCUCUGUGACCUUCUGGAGAGGAUAUGGAGCCACGGCUUGCUGGUCAAGCAGGGGAAGUCGGCUUUGUGGUCGCAUUUAAUUCAGUUUCAGGACAGAGAAGAGAAACAAGAGCACCUUGCAGAAUCACCAGUUGCCCUGGGACCAGAAAGAAGAAAAUCUGACUCAGGAGUUAUGUUGCCAACUCUCAGGGUCUCCCUUAUCCAAGACAUGAGGCACAUUCAGAACAUGAGUGAGAUCAAGACUGAUGUCGGACGAGCUCGGGCGUGGAUAAGGCUGUCUCUAGAGAAGAAGCUCCUGUCCCAGCAUCUCAAGCAGUUGCUGUCUAACCAGCCACUUACCAGGAAGCUCUAUAAGCGCUAUGCCUUUCUGUGUUGCGAAGAAGAAAGAGAACAGUUUCUCUACCAUCUCCUCUCCCUCAACGCUGUGGACUACUUCUGUUUCACCAGUGUCUUCACCACCAUCAUGAUUCCGUAUAGGUCGGUGAUCAUCCCCAUCAAGAAGCUGAGCAACGCGAUCAUCACCUCGAACCCCUGGAUCUGUGUGUCGGGAGAGCUGGGAGACACGGGAGUGAUGCAGAUCCCCAAAAACCUCCUCGAAAUGACCUUUGAGUGCCAGAACCUGGGGAAGCUGACCACUGUGCAGAUUGGUCACGACAACUCGGGACUGUUAGCCAAGUGGCUAGUGGAUUGUGUCAUGGUCAGAAAUGAAAUCACGGGACACACAUACCGGUUCCCGUGCGGGCGGUGGCUGGGGAAAGGCGUUGAUGACGGGAGCCUGGAGCGGAUCCUCAUUGGAGAGCUGAUGGCGCCCGUGGCAGAUGAGGACCUGGCGAAGCAGUGCCGGACGCCCCCCCAGCAGAAGUCGCCCACCACGGCCAGGAGGCUGAGCAUCACUUCACUGACGGGAAAAGCCACCAAGCCCAAUGCCGGACAGAUCCAGGAAGGAAUUGGAGAGGCUGUGAACAACAUUGUGAAGCAUUUCCACAAACCUGAAAAAGAGAGAGGAAGCCUCACGGUGCUGCUGUGCGGAGAGAGCGGCCUGGUGGCAGCGCUGGAACAGGUUUUCCACCACGGCUUCAAGUCUGCCCGCAUCUUUCACAAGAACGUCUUCAUCUGGGACUUCAUAGAGAAAGCCGUCGCUUAUUUUGAAACCACUGACCAGAUUCUAGACAACGAAGAUGAUGUCCUUAUUCAGAAACCCUCCUGCAAAACCUUCUGCCAUUACGUCAAUGCUAUUAACACUGCACCCAGGAGCAUCGGGAAGGACGGCAAGUUCCAGAUUCUAGUUUGCCUUGGAACACGGGAUCGCCUGCUCCCGCAGUGGAUCCCGCUGUUAGCCGAGUGUCCUGCCAUCACCCGAAUGUACGAAGAGAGCGCCCUCCUGCGGGACCGCAUGACCGUCAACUCCCUCAUCCGCAUUCUGCAGACCAUUCAGGACUUCACCAUCGUCUUGGAGGGAUCUCUCAUCAAAGGCGUGGACGUGUAACCCCUGGUAGAAACGCUCAGUCCAGACCCCUGGCUCCCUCACCUCCCCCGUCUACGGGACCGAUUUGGACUUGUCUGGCGCGGUCGUGAGUCACUGCAGGGGCCGUGCACCGAAUGCCCCGACUUGAAAAUCCUCACGCUGCAGACAAGGCAAAAUGCUGUAUUGUAGUUCAUUUGAACCAGGAAUUUAGUAUAAAAUAGAGUAUUUUCAUGUGUUAGAUGUGUGUAAAUAUGCUAUCUUCUUUAAGAAAUUAUAUUACUCUAAUAAGAUACUUUUCCUAGAUUGAAUAUUCCUGUGAUUUAAAAUAAGUAGCUUAAAAACAUUGAGAGCUUUGGGGAAGAGCGGUGCUAGUCAGGAAGAAGCCAGUACGUGUGUACGUACAGUGCAGCCAGUCGGCUUCCUUGCCUCCAGGUAUCACAGUGGAGCCCAGAGGCAUUGCAGGGUGUGGCCAUCCAUCCUGGGGUCUGACUCUUUGUAUAAUGAAUGUAAACAGCUCUGCCUACUGUAUGGGUCGUCCUGACACCUCCCCCUCCCCCCCCCCCCCACUACACACACACCCACACACACACUGGGGAUCCAGCCCCCUGCCUGGGAGUCAAACCGGCAACCUUCUGGUUCAUGGGUCGAUGCUCAACCACUGAGCCACACCAGCCAGGCUGCACUUGUAUCUUUUAAGUUGCAAAUGGUUUCAUACAUAUGAAUUGAGUCACUUUCCCAUUCUUUUGGGCAGGUUAUUUUUUCCCCCUUAGGCACAAGAUGGAGAUAUAAUUCAAAUACUUUAAAUACUGAACCCUAGGAGCUUGGCUUAACUGGGUAGUCAGCACACAAAGCCCUAAGAAGUGUGUUAAAUGGUGGGAUUAUGACUUCUUUGCUCUGUGGAAAGAUUAGCCUAGACUGACUUCAUUCCUAGCAUUUUUAUUCAUGUUAUUGGAGGUACUUUGGGCAGAUGUCACAGUCAUAACAACUGCGAGCAGGCGGUUGAUCCUGUGCUUUUUAUUGGGCCCUCGGAGCCGGCAGUGGCCCCUCACCUCGGAGGGAGGGACCCCGUCCGCCCGUCUUUGUUUGGCUCCCGUCGCCCCCUCCCCUCCCGCGUGCCCAGCCCCCUCUCAGGAAAUGGAAGGAAUGUCUGAAAAGGAGGAGGGCUCGGUGUGGCUUGGAAUGUUUUUGUGAAAGUAUUUGUUGACCAAGAUAAUGCAAAUAACAGAAGGAGAAAGAAUGGUCCCUUUCUGGGUGUUUCAGGGCAAGUUUUCUGUUCCUUUGUAAGAGGGGUGAUAACAUGAAACAACUGGCCCAGAGCAGGUAGAAAGCCGGUGCAGCACAGAGGGGCAAAACGCUCACAACACCAGAGGCAGCCGUGUUGAAAGACCGAAUGUUGUGCGUCACUUUCCAGUUGGGGAUUCUAUCAGGCAGUCAAAUAAGCGUGGUGUGAGCUCGGCACCUUCGGUCUCCCUCAGCAGGUCCUGUUGCUCUAACGAGCGCCUGCACGUUGCUGGCUGUGAACGUGCUCAGCAGAGCUGGGGGUUGUAUUCCCAGUUGUGGCUGAAACGCGAAGCCGUGGCCCGCAGGACCCUUUGAUCUGAGGGUCCCGGGCUGGAGCCUACAGUGUUGUCUCCCUUACUUCCUGGAGGAAGAAGCCAAUGAAACAAGCGCCUCCCUCCCUUUAUAAACACGGUGUGUGUGCGGCCAGGCAGCGAGGCCCACCCCCUGUGAUAUGUGGCUCAGGUCUCGGGGAGGAAAGGGGGGUUGAAGCAUCUAGAAACUCAUGGAAAGGGGUUAAGGAGAUGGUUCUGUGUGACUUGGGGCCCAGAGAUUCGCUUGCCUGAGGCUAACGUGUCUGGUGGCGUGGCUGUUCAGGGACAAGGAAAUUCUUCAAUGGGAGACAUCCUUAACCUGCUGACACCAGGCUCAGACUGCGUUUCUGGGAUCAGAAGCCAUACGCUGAUGGGGGGGGAGGGGGGGGCCGGGGGCUGUUCCCCCUCCCUUUCCCAUGAGGUCAUGCUUCUCACGCACUUGGGGCAACCAGGGAGGCGUCAUAGCUGAUUGAGUCAUCUAGUACAGCCGUCUCAUUUUAUAGAUGGGAACACUUAGGGAUUAAAGAGAUUACAUACUCCCACAGCUGGUCAGCAACGACCCAGGGUCCAGGAUUCACGAUUUUUAAUUACACCAGGCUGCAUGAGACUGACCUCGGGGCGUUCAUCUGAGUAGUCUCUCCACCCUUGGACCUUUAUGCACUCACACAGAUAGGAACUAGGAUUCAUAUUCAUGUCUGAUACUCAUUUAUAGGGAUUAAUAUUCAUUUUAAAUUGUUCACAAGUUGUUGUGAAAAUGGGGAGAACAUUGGAUUUGGGGUCUGUGAAUAAAACCAUUACUUCAAAAGGGGACGCCCCAAAGGAGUUCUACCUAAAGUUCUGUCCUGCUCUGUGAAGUAGGACUAGAGCAGUGCAAUGACGCAUGUCAAAAAAGAGGGACGGGCCCCUACAAUACUAGGCCCUUGAAAGUGGUCAUCUUGGGAGCCCAUCUGUCUGAAUUCAGGGAGACAGCCAGUUCUCCAGACACGGGGGGGCCCCUGGAGAGCUGCUUGAAAGGCCUGCAGCCCAUAGGAUCCAAGUUGAUGAAUAAAAAGGAUGCGAGCAGAGUUUGUCACAUAAGAAACACACCUCUAGCCCAGUCGGCGUGGCUCAGGGUUGAGUGUAGACCUAUGAACCAUGAGAUCAUGGUUUGAUUCCGGGCAGGGCACAUGCCCAGGUUUUGGGCUUGAUCCCAAGUGUGGGGCAUGCAGGAGGCAGCCAAUCAAUGAUUCAUCAUUGAUGUUUCUCUCUCGCUCGCUCUCCCUCUCUCCCUUUCUCUUUGAAAUCAAUUUUGAAAACUAAAGAAAAAGAAACAAAACUCUAAAGAAAUACAGUUUAGUUCUUAUGUGGCUUAUAAUUGUCUUUGAGCCAAUACCAAGUUAUUUUGAGCAGGACAAUGGCAGAAUCUUGAGAAUAAAUGUACAUAGCCUCACAAGCUGACUUGCAAGGACCAUAUCCAUUUAAAGCUAUCCUUUCUGUUUAUUUUUAAAAUCAGUAUAUUGCUUUAUAAUCACACCUCAAAGUUAAAGUAAAUAAAAAUCAGUUUUGUAAUUGACUUUUCUCCUUCAAAAUAAGUUAUAAUUAAUGUCUGGAACCAUAAUUAGUAUUUUUGCAUAGUAGCUUAAAAAUAUAUUGUUUUAAAAUUAAAUUGCCAAAAAUAUCACCUCUUAAAACAUUUUUUUUCAAGUGUCCUGCAACUCCUAACUUCAACCUUUGUGACCCAGUAGCAUUACACCAGUGUGAGGCCCUACAGCUGUGCCCGCUCCAGGCUCAGUAGCACCUUAAAAGUGACUGAGGUACAGUGUCCAUGAGUUAAAGUGGGGUCUAGGUGGUGGAAAACAGGCCACCAAGAAGAAAAGAGGGUCUCCCAGCCCUCCCCCUCCUCUUUCCACUGGGGGCAAGGCUUGGAUCUAAGAAACCUAAAACUUGUAGAAGUUUGUGAUUUCCCUCUAAAAUUUACUUUCCAUGUUUCAGAAGUUUUUGUAACCCUGUGGUGUUUACUUUCACAUGGCUUUUUCAAAAAUCACUUUAAUGAACUCUGUCACCCUCUAUGAAUGACAUAAGGGAAAUACUGAAUUGCUUCUAUUUCCUUUUUUGGCAAUAAAUCCCUGUUGUAUAUAGAUGUCAGUGAAAGGGGUAGAGACUAUGCAUAACAGUUGGUGUGUAGCGUAUGUUGACACCUCUAAGCUAUUUCGAAACAUGAGGCAAUAGACCAGGACCUCCGAUCCCCAGGGAAAUAUUUAUUUGACGGCACUGCGAGUGUUGCUCUUAGUAACAGAAUCUCCUUCGGCCGAGCAUUGUGGCUUUUCAGAAGGUUUUUAUUUUGGGAACUGUGAGUAUUUUCUCUGUGAGGUUUACAGAAACCAGUCGCUCCUUCUCACCAUGCUGGAAGGACAGUCUGAACCUUCGCUGUUUAGAUUUCAGUAUUAGCACCUUCGCGGAUGAGAAUAGAGUCUUCAGCUCCUCUGUACUUUCUAUAAAGUGAAUCCUGUUUCCAGGUCAUCUGCGUCUUUCGAAAUCCUCAUUUCUUAUGUAAGUAUUUAUUACAUUUCCAUUUAGCUUAAAAGAAGACAGAAACAAAUAAUAAGCUAUUUGGCUCCUUAUUCCUAUAUGUAAGUUUCUUGAAUCAAACUGAUUUCCAAGCUUUUUGAAGAGGGUGUUGGACUGUGAUCGGAGGAAUCCAAGGAGAACCUCAUCCCUUCAAAUCUUACUAGAUACCGACUGUCCUCUCAAGGGCAAAAUAGAGACUGGCUCCAGAAAAAUACCACAUUGAGCAGCUAAUACCAGAGUGAAAUAUCAUCAAAAGAUUUCCCCUCUUUUGGGGAAGAAGAAAAAAAUCCCCUCAUUUGAAGGAAUCCAGGGUAUCCUUGGGUUAUAUGGGAGGGAAUAAUGCUUGAUUCAGUUACCUGAAUGUAUUAUGUAUGGCUCCAGUCUUUAUUCCAAACACCACAUCUUGACAGAGAGGCAUGGUAAGCAGUUCCUGUUGUCAAUCAACGGAAGUUGUUUAACACAUGGAAAAAGUCCUCUAUGUUACACUGGAACCUUGUAUAAAUGUACCUGUGUAUGUUUUUAACAAAUGAGCCUUUCUGCAUUUAAGUUAUAUUGUUUUUCCUUGUAUUGUUAACAAAAUGCAUCAGAACUGGACUCCCCCCUCCCCACCUGAACAUAAUAUAAAAUUUGACCAGUAUUGUGAUAUCAAGCACUUUAGCAUACAUAUCAGAGAAACUGACGUGGGUUUUUCAGGUUUUGGAGUACAUUUAAAUAUGACUUUUCAUGCUUUGUUCUUUACAAAUAAAACUGUGGGAUUGAUA